UAAAACAGGCUCUCUUCGCACACCUAACUUCCCUUUCCGUCUUUCCUCAUCGUAGCUCUGUCAUCCAUAUCGAUCAUAUGAAUGGCAGGUAGCAUAUCCCAGUUCUACGUUGAGGAUGAUUCACCAGAGAUUGUCUACUACCCGUUCGUAGACACGAGCCUCAGCCCAAAUGUUUCUGCAGGCUGGGAGCAGUUUUACUCGGUUUCAGGUGUUGCAUCUUCUCCGGGUCAGGGUGGUGAAGGAUAUAGCGCACACAUUACCAGCCUCAAUGAGGCAAGCUUUAUGAUUGAAUGGAACGGCACUGGUAUUGAUCUCCUGGGGAGUGUUCGAAAUGCAUCUUACCAAAUAACCUUGGACGGAAUCGACAUCUCUCCCAAUACAUCUGACCCGGAAUCCAUCCUUGCUUCCCUUCACGAUUUAACCAACACGAAUCACACAAUGCUGUUAACGACUCUCACGAACCAAACGAUUUCAGACUCAUAUGUAUUUUUCGACAAGGCUCUCAUCACCUAUACAGCCCCCCCUGGCAUUGUCAACUCAACGGCUAACUCGACGACCAUCGAUGACGAUAACGACGUUACAUUUGUGGGUAGAUGGAGUUAUGUGACUGACAGCUCGGGAAAUUCUAUGCAUAUCUCCAACACUGCCGGUGACCAUGCUCAGACCACAUUCAUAGGAUCGGCCUUAACUGUCUACGGCCUCGUGUCUUCGUAUUCUGGAAAUUAUUCUGUCACACUCGAUAACAUCACCACUAGCUUCUCAGCUUUAUCCUCUUAUAAUAAUUCAAAUGCGUUGCUGUUGUUCGCUACCGAAUUGUCUCAAGAUACCACUCAUACAGUCGUCCUCACCAACACUCAGAACACAACAUUUGCUAUGAAAGUUGGUGGGAUGAACGUCACCACCUUCGGCAAUGCCACUGUAGAUACCGCCAUCUUGUCCUCAUCAAGCAACUCGACUUACGCCGGGACCAUUGCCGCUAUUGUACUCGGUGCUGUUCUGGUGAUCCUCAUCGCAGGUAUCCUCAUGUACUGGCUAUUUGUUGUUCGCGCGCGCGCUCGUUGCAGGCGGAAAUUGAGCCACUCGCGCUCCAAGAAAAUGGUGGACCCAGAACAUGUCAUUGACAUCAGCCCUCCAGGCGAAGAAGAGACCGAAGUGGCAAGCUUAAGUACCAGUAAAGGGUAUGGAUUCGGACUUGGCCUGCAACGCACCUUCCCCUUUGUCCGCAAAACGAAAAACGGGGGCAGCAGCAGCGGCCACAUUGACAAUACGCGCUCGCGUUCCGUGUCCCACGUUGCAAUUUCACCUGAGGAGCGAGACUUCGACAAGCGCUUCUCGACCAACACCCUCACCAUGGAGUUCACUGCCUUGGGUUUUCCGCCGGAAUCUGAGAAACUAGCGCCAGGCUGGUGCAAUCCUAUCGCACGCACGUCGUUUGGUUCCAUGGGAAAAGGACACACGCGAGUAGGAAGCCACAGAUUGGCGCUUCCGGAACUGUGUGCGGAAGGGGUGGGCGUAGACGACGUGUACGAUGAUGACGAUGCAGAUGCCAAGACCCUUACGUCACGGCAAGAUGAAACGCUUGCCGCAACGCUUUCUCUUAGCCCGCGAACAUCGGAAGCGCCAGGCGUCUUCGUUCCCGCUGUACGCUCAAUUGCGGAGAUUGAGUGCGCGAUAACGGAGAAUGAUGACGGGGAGUCCUCCGUGCCAUCUCGGCCUGUCUCACGGUUUCUGGAAGUGAGAGAGACCACCCCGUUCAGGGUAGACAUUGGAGCUAUUCUCGGUCAGCUCAGGGGACGUCAGGACUCACGACGGACGAGUGUGAGCGGGAAUAGUAGUUGGUCUCGGAGCGUCCACGAGGACAAGUCUGAGAACCCCAGCCCUGAGUCGGUCCCGGUCGUUAUGCUCCAAUCAGGAUCGGGAUCAGAGCCGCCUCCAAGCGAGGACGCGCCUGCCUCAGGCACUUACUCCUUCCUCGACUUUAGUUCGUCGUAUUCAUCAUCACGUCGGCAAUCGAAGUCCACCACGCUAAACUCAGCCGCAGCCGAAGUGGGGCACAGCGGAGUCCGUACCCCAUGGAGCGAUAGCACGUCCAUACGGAUGGUGCGCAUCGAACGCGAUAAACCUGAGGACGCAAUGCAUUCCGCACCCGAUGCACCUUCUACUGUGUCUCAGGGAUCUCACAACGAAAGUCCUUCCGAUAAAUCUAAUGCUCAUUCUUCGCCGUCUGGACAUGCUACACACACUACUCACGGAUCCUCGUUUCCCUUCCCUAUUACUAUUCCGCCUUCAACGCACAUGCCGCACCCCUUUAAUAUCGACUACCAGCGCGAAAGCGAGCACGUGGAACUUCAGUCUUUCUCACCUCCUCGUCCACCAUCACCUCCUGUACCCCGGCAAGCGCAGGCUACAGAACCUCGACAUUCAGGUCUCCCAUCAGAUGCAAACUCUCCCACUUCUCCCACAGAGAGUGUACCCUUCUCCGUAUCCGACGUCCAUUUCCGACAUAGUCACUCCGAUUACACUGACAUUGACUCACGGAGAGAAAGCGCAGCCUCCACCCUACCUCCACAUCCGCCUCUCCCUAGCCCGCAGCCAAACACUCCACCGCCGUACAUUGUGCAGCGUGUACUUGGAAUGACGCCCGUUACUCCACAGUUUCCUGCGACUCGUCUUGCGGCAGGUCCUGCAAGCCAUACAUCAUCAAUAAUUGCGGAGCGGGUAUUCCGACCUGGAACAUCCCCUCUUGGAUCUUCCCCCAGAGCUCCUUAUCGGGUGGGCUCGUUGAUUGGUCCUAGACCUCGGCCUUCGACAUCUGGAUCACCACACUUGCGACUACCUUUACAAGGCUCAUGGAGCCGUGACAAAAGAAGCAACGAUCAGUAAUAGGCUGCCAUCUUUCCCGAGAUAACUUCAAUGAUGACGAUUUCUUGAACGAUAUAUCUCAUGCUUCUUUCAUUUACCCAUUGAUUUCUGGAGAUACCCCAUUUUGCACUGAUUACGCUCUGGCCUCACAAACCGAUCUCGUUGUCACUUCCUUUGGGUUAUCAUUC